ACAAAUUUCCCACUCCCCAUAGAACCGAAAAUCCCGAACCACGAGAGACAAAAAAAUCUCGUGAAGAAAACAGACGUAACCCAGCAACGGUCAAGGGAACAGCAAACCUUCAUACCUCAUCGCGUAAUUCAUUCUACUAAGUUGUAAACAAACCCAGUUAUGUUUAAGGUGCAAGGACAAGAUAGUGGUGUCUUGGAAACGUAAACAUGAUAUUGGCCGUUUUUUGUUUUAACAGUGUGUCGAAUCGAUUCCAACGUGCCACUCCUAGCAGAGUUGAUAAGUUUCUCUUUUAGACCAGUGAAUCCAAAUGAAAGUUUCCGUUCCCCACGUAACGUUGAUACUAUUCGAGACUGGAAGAUUUUUACCCAAUUGUUCAACUUGACCUCAUUAUUACCAACAAAAGAACAUAAACCAUGCCAUCCAUCAAACAAAAAUUUGCUGGAUUCUUUCGACAAAUCUCCAAUUCUGGAGGUGGAGAAUGUUUAGAAAAUGCUAACCAAAUCAAACCCAUUCAUCCUUCUGACAGCAAUAGUGGUUGCUUUAUACAUCGAUACCUCAACGGAGAAACUCGUUUGAAACAGCCUGACAUUUUGUUUGGCAGGACAGGACAGGAACUUCCUUGUUUACGGUUGUGCACACUUCAAGGUGAAAUAAUAGCCACACACACAGGUCCAGAUGGAGGACUGACAACCGUCAAUCGAGGACAACGAGGCCACGUGACCAGCCAAGAUCCCGAUGUUUCUUACAUCGACAGCGAGGACGAUGUAGGAUCUCCUCCCACGACAAAUAGUUCAGAACCUACCUCAAACAGCGCUGGGCGAAGCCGAAGUGCUGAAUUGGUGACUAUUCGUGCCAUGGGUCAGACCUUCGUGGUACGGAAUCACCUGCCUCCAACACCACCCCAACCACCGAGACAAUUCAUUCCUACUCUUUCAUCACCUCCCACGUCACCUAACGUUGCGAUGGCAACGCCCGUUGACCCUCAAAACAUCGACCAUACUCGAUUGUCGGAUGACGACGACGACGACGAUGAAUUAUCCACCGUCUGCGAAGAUCCAUCCCAACCCACGUCCAGUCCUUGUUCCUCCUCCUCUACCUCGCCUCCCAUAAUCACCAGCGCCUCCACAUGCGCCGACCAAUCGGACGACUAUCAGGAUUUCUUGUCUAAAUUUGGCAUCUUGAGCCUUCCGCUUCAUCCGUCGCUUGAUCGUCACUCGGUGGUUCAGAUCGACUCACCUGACGAUACACUCAUCUCUGGCUCUUUGAGUCCCUUUCUCGAUCAACUUGAUCCCCUUCUUACGCCGGAUGUGCCGCCGUCCGUCGGUGUAAGCGCUGCUGGCCAGUUGGAACCACUGUCGGACCAAUAUCUUGCCAACCAAGAAGAAUCGUUAGCCAAAGAACCUGAGCCACCAGCCACCACCACUACCACAGAGGCUACAGAGCCCGAAAUUGAGAUUGCAGGCGUCGUGAAUUGGAACAGGCCGAGCGGGAUCGCAUUUGGAGCAGCCACGUCGCUCUACGAACGGCACCCCGUCUCUGGGGAAACGGCUGGCAAUCCACUGGCAGAUGCAUUCGCCAUCGUGACACGCUCUAACAACGCCCUGCUGUGCCUGGCCGAUGGAGUCAAUUGGGGUGAGAGAGCUGCGCUGGCUGCUCGCAGUGCAAUUCACGGUGCUAUGGAUUAUCUGAAUCGAGCUCUCUUUACUUCCACCACAAACAGCCGCCAGUUAACCACCAGCGAUGUCUUCUUAUCGCUGCUGCGCUCAUUUCACGCGGCUCACAGCAUGAUCUUGCAGGAGGGCGGAUUAUUGACUACUCUGACAGCCGCUGUAGUAGCUCAAAUGGACCAGUCUAGCUUACAAAAUGCUCUUUACACGGGCUCGGAUAAUAGCAACAGCGCUAAAUUCGCUGUAUGUGUCUGCAAUGUCGGCGAUUCGUUGGCUUACGUCUACAGUCCCAAACAUGGCGUCAGAGAGAUAACGCACGGCUCACACGACGUUCAAUCCAUGCGAGACAUGAGGGAUGCUUUAGGAGCCUUGGGACCAGUGGACGGGCAGAAUCCGGAGCUCAAUAAUUUGACGUGUUCUAUGACAGUGAUUGAAGAAGGAGACAUUGUUUUUCUGACGUCAGACGGCAUUUCGGACAAUUUCGAUCCGGUUGUGGGGAAAUUUGUUGUUGCCCGGAAGCCGGAUAAGAUUGUUCCACUGCCGAAUGGUGCCAAACAAACCGCUAAACCGCCAAAUAGAAAUUUACCAACAGUCGAAGCAUUCCAAAGACAUGAACUCACCCUGCUACGGAUGGAGGACAUCCUGCGCAACGGUAUGAUGCCGACCAACGACAACGGGAAUCACUUGAAAGCCCAACAGCUGUGCGAGGAUCUAGUCGAUUUCGCCACUCGUCUGACGACGGCCAAGCGGCGGCUGCUGGAAGAUCUCGAGCUCUACGUGGACCAAGAUGGCAAAACACUGGAUGCCGAGGAGCAGAAAAUUCGACGGCGUAAAAUCUGCGAGCGUUUGGCGAUGAUCCCCGGCAAACUGGAUCACGCCACCUGCGUGGCCUACGAGGCUCGAAUUCAACCACCCAAUACGGAAGCGGAUGCCUUGACCCAUCAAAUGGUGGCCAGCUAUCCCUUCCGUGAAUCGUCCAUUUAGAAGAAGUGAGGUCCCUCCGGGCUCAAUGCCGAGCAUGAAAUGUAAUUUGGAACCCCAAGUGAUCGCGUGCCCCGCCAUAUAACGGACCCUUGCCGCCCACCUUAACCGGUUACACUCUAAUUUAUCCUAACAAUUCUUUUAACCAUAUUUUAACCAUUACUGGUAUAUGCCACUUCUUUAUAGUAUUCAUUUUUUAAAAGUUAUCUAUUCGCAGUGGGUCAUUCUUUAACGUCCAUUUCCCUUAUCGUGACUCGUGUGGGUGAACGAUCAAGGGGAAAAAAAUGACACCACUAAAUCACUGUCGCCCAAAUUCUUUUUCUUUUACCUGUAGUUGACGCUGUAGCCUUUAAAAGACAAUUCAAAGAUAAUCAAUGGCGAUAUGCGUCGCCACCGCUUGCACAAUCUAACCGAUUGGUAAAAAUUCAUUUCCCUCUUUUUUUUAUUAGACUCUGCAGUAUUUGAACCGAACAUCUGGUCGCUUUUUAUUUUUUUUUUCAAAAUUCUGCUGGCUGAAUGAUUUUUGAAUGUUUGUAAAUACACCUAGCGCAGUCUUUCGCUAUUUACAAUCAUACGAAA